CGCUUCUUCUUUUUUAAGAUUUAUUUAUUUAUUUGAAAGUCAGAGUUACACAGAGAGUCUCCCACGUGGGUGGCAGAGGCCCAAGCACUUGGACCAACCUCCGCUGCUUUCCCAGGUGCAUCAGCAGGGAACUGGAUCAGAAGUGGAGCAGCGGGUCUUGAACCGGUGCCCAUAUGGAAUGCCGGUAUUGCAGGCCAGGGCUUUGACCUGCUGCACCACGGCGCCAGACCCUCCUUUUUUUUUUUUUUUUUUUUAAUGUUUAUUUAUUUGCAAGGUAGAGUGAUAUCUUCCAUCCACUAGUUCAUUCCCCAAAUGUCUGCAACACCCAGGGCUGGGCCAGGUUAAUGCCAGGAGCCUGCAACUCCAACCAGGUUUCUCAUCUGGGUGGCAGUGACUCAAGUACUUGAACGUGAUCUGUUGCCUCACAGGAUGUGGGUUAGCAGGGAGCUGGACUGGAAGUAGAGUAACCAGGACUAAUCAGGCACUCUGAUAUGGGAUGCGGAGUGGGGGGUGCACAGCCUUGGCUGCAGCAUCUUCACUUUCCGAAAGCAUAGAGACUCGCGGGUUUUCUUAUUAACGAAAAUGGCUUGCAAUUUCUUUCUUCUUUGACGCAUAAACGUGGGAUUCAGUGAUUCUGUUGGAUUCUUCACUGUGUGUGAAGAGCCACUGAUGUGGAGAGGAGAUGCUUGAGGCCAGUGGCUCUGGGUUAAGAUGAGAGACUGCAAAGGGACCACUUGUAUCUUGUUGCAGCUGCUUCCGCCUGCUCACACCCACUUUGGGAGGGGCCUUAGGUGCUAAGUGAAGCUGCUGAGACCUGGGGAUCCAUGUACAAACAGAGUUAGGAGAAGGCGUGAGGCCCUGUUUGCAGCCAUUACCUUAGAGUUUGGCAUCAGUAGUGCAGGUGCACCCAGAAUGUAAACUGCGCACGUUGAGAACACUGCUCACGUAUGCUGAUUCACGUAUUUGGAUUUAUUUCUUAGGGAUUCCUUCAUCUGUUGAAUAUUGUGACUCUUCACUCUAAUUUGCUGUAGCACAUUGUAAUUUUAUUCCCUGUUAGAGUCUGUAAGAUUUUUAAUUUGGGGGAGGGGCUUUGAAAAUGUACUGUGAUUAAGAUAUGAUUGGGACUAAGACAAAAUUCUGGAACCCAUUAGAAACUCUGGUUUCUUUUAGGUGAGAGGACCUAAGAUAUGGCUGUAUUAAAGUUCAUGGGUAAAUUUGUCAUUUUUAGAUCAGUUUUUGUGUGUACAUACCUCUGAAACGUGUGAAUUGGAAAGGCUUUAUUAUUCCUAAUACAAAUGAAUUUCAAUUUUUUUCUUUUUUAAUUUCAGAAGCAGAGAAGGACAGACAGGAAUUCCCAUCCUCUAGUUCACUCCCCAACAUGCCCAUGUUGGCCAAGGCUGGGCGAGGCUGAAACUGCGAGCCAGGAAUGCAUGUGACAGGUACCCAGACCUCCCAGGGCGUGCACUGGCAGGAAGCUACAGUUAGGAGCCAAACCCAGGUGGACAAGCUGAGAAAGCCUGGGGCUUCCCUCUGGGCCAUAAUGAAGAUGGCCCUGCUGAUGAAGGGGGCACUAUCCUCUAAGCCCAGGUUCAAUCACAAUAAAAAUCCAGGUCCAACUCUCUUCCGUGCUACCUGAAGCUAUUUUGCCCCUGCCCAAGAAAUCUGACCCCCUCUCCCUGAGACCUCAUCAUGUGGACAGUAAGCCUUUCCAUACCCUCUCUCUCUCUCUCUCUCUCUUUUUUUUUUUUUUUUUUGACAGGCAGAGUGGACAGUGAGAGAGAGAGACAGAGCGAAAGGUAUUCCUUUGCCAUUGGUUCACCCUCCAAUGGCUGCCACGGCCGGCUGCAGCGCGUUGAUCCGAUGGCAGGAGCCAGGUGCUUCUCCUGGUCUCCCAUGGGGUGCAGGGCCCAAGCACUUGGGCCAUCCUCCACUGCACUCCCAGGCCACAGCAGAGAGCUGGCCUGGAAGAGGGGCAACCGGGACAGAAUCCGGCGCCCCAACUGGGACUAGAACCUGGUGUGCUGGUGCCGCAAGGCGGAGGAUUAGCCUAUUGAGCUGUGGCGCUGGCCUCCAUACCCUUUCAGUGUGUGUUAUCACACCAGAGAUACACCUGUACAGGUGGUCCUGACAGUUGGCACUAUGAUGAUAAGGAUGUGUAGCCAGUGACUGUGUCCCCCUGGGUCCAUUUCUUGCUCUGACUUGCUAACCCCCUCUGUUGUAUGAUGGCUAGUAUGCCCUGGACCUACUGUAUGCUGGAGAAUUCGUGCUGUGAGCUGCGUGGCUCUGUGUUGCACUGUGGGGCCCUACCAAGCCAGAGUUCUAGAUUCCAUUAAUUUUUUGGCAUUUGGGAGAAGGAAUACAGGAUGGGAGCCCUCCUUAAAGUGGACCUGGGUGGAGGUCUUGUUUUUAAAGUGAUGUUGGAUUGGCCCUAAUAUACAGGAUGGGGGUGGGACUAUUCCCUAUAUAAGAGAUGGACCUAUUAGGGAAGGGGCAAGACAGCCAUUAGGUGGCAAGCUAAGAAUACUACCUCUGCACUUGCCACUAAGUUUGUCUCUGUGAUAACAAACUGUCUUUGUUAGUGGUGACAACACCUAUGCAACCCUGUGGCUCAGCAAAGGUUAGAUUGAACCUAAUUUAAGCAUGGGGUUCUUAAGUCCUAUCAGGCAGGGAUGGAGAAUCUUUUCUUGUCAAGGGCCAUUUGGGCAUUUAUAACAUCAUUUGCAGGCCAUACAAAAUUAUCAACUUAAAAAUCAGCUUGCUAUAGAUUUACUGAAAUUUUUUUUUAACUUUUAUUUAAUGAACAUAAAUUUCCAAAGUACGAUUUAUGGAUUACAAUGGUUUCCUCCACAUACUGUCCCUCCCACCCACUACCCUCCCCUUUCCCGCUCCCUCUCCCCUUCCAUUCACAUCAAGAUUCAUUUUCGAUUAUCUUAAUAUACAGAAGAUCAGCUUAGUAUACAUUAAGUAAGGAUUUCAACAGUUUGCUCUCACACAGAAACAUAAAGUGAAAAAUAAUAGAUGAUUUUUUUAAAUGAUGAUGAAAUCAGAUCAGACCUAUUGUCAUGUUUAAUCCCAGUGAGAGUGAAGUUGGGAGUUGAUAAUUUCUUUUCUUUUCUUUUUUUUAUUAUAGAGGAUCAGUUUAGUAUACAUUAAGUAAAGAUUUCAAUAGUUUGCACCCCCAUAGAAACACAAAGUGAAAUAUAUUGUUUGAGUACUCGUUAUAGCAUUAAAUCUCAAUACACAGCACAUUAAGGACAGAGAUCCUACAUGAGGAGUAAGUGCACAGUGACUCCUGUUGUUGACUUUACCAAUUGACACUCCUGUCUAUGGCAUCAGUAGUCUCCCUUUGCUCCAGUCAUGAGUUUCCAAGGCUAUGGAAGCCCUCUGAGUUCUCCGACUCUUAUAUUGUUUAGACAAGGUCAUAGUCAAAGUGGAGGUUCUCUCCUCCCUUCAGAGAAAGGUACCUCCUUCUUUGAAGACCUGUUCUUUCCACUGGGAUCUCACUCACAGAGAUCUUUUGCCAGAGUGUCUUGGCUUUCCAUGCCUGAAAUACUCUCAUGGGCUUUUCAGCCAGAUCCGAAUGGCUUUAGGGCUGAUUCUGAGGCCAGAGUGCUAUUUAGGACAUCUGCCAUUCUAUGAGUCUGCUGAGUAUCUCACUUCCCAUGUUGGAUCACUCUCCCCUUUAUUUAUUCCAUCGGUUAGUGUUAGCAGGUACUAGACUUGUUUAUGUGCUCCCUUUGACUCUUAGUCCUUUCAUUAUGAUCAAUUGUGAACUGAAAUUGAUCACUUGGAAUAGUGAGAUGGCAUUGGUAUAUGCCACCUUGAUGGGAUUGAAUUGGAAUCCCCUGGUAUGUUUUUAACUCUACCAUUUGGGGCAAGUCAGCUUGAGCAUGUCCCAAAUUAUACAUCUCUUCCCUCUCUUAUUCCCACUCUUAUGUUUAACAGGGAUCACAUUUCAGAUUUACUGAAUUUUGAAUCCUGCCUGUGGUUGCCUUGGCAGGGCCAUACCAAAUGAUGUCAUGGGCCUUAUAUGGCCUGUGGGCCGGACAUUCCCCAACCGUUGCCAUGGGGAGGGCCCUAACCUUGAUGACAACAGAUUUAGAGUAUACUAAGUAGAAAGGCCACCCUCUACCCAGAAGUUCAUCCUGUAACAAAACAGAAACAGAAACAAAGGGAGAAGGGAACACAUUUGAAAAUAGUGAAUGAAAAGUCCACAGUUUGACCCAACUGGAAAUCCAAAAUGUGCUGAUGGAAGCUACACAACAAAGCUGCUAAAGGGUACUCACUGUAUGGGUUUGAGGCCUUUACAAGAUAGGCUUGUAAUUAAUUUUAACAUUUUUGAUAAUAUACUAAUUAACUAACCUUUAUGCGAUUAAUCAAUACAAUUGGCCAAACUACAUGGUUAUUACCAUACUUAUAACUUGGGAUCCCACUACAUUUAAGCAAGGCAUCCCUAGUGGUGUUGGUGGUGUUACUAAAUGUGAAAUCACCCUGCCUAAAUUCUCCGUGGUCAAACCACCCAUUGUAUUAAAUAAUCUCCUUGUGAGCAUGGAAGCUCUAAACCAAUGAAUCAUAAAUUUCUGAAAGAUUUAUUUAUUUGAAAGGCAGAGAGAGAGAGAGAGGGAGGUAUCUUCCAUCUACUGGUUUACUCCCCCAAAUGCCCACAACAGCCAGGGCUGAGCCAGGCCACAGCCAGGAGCCAACCACGGCAUCUUGGUCUCCCACAUGACUGGCAGGAACCCAAGCACUUGGGCCUUCAUCUGUUGCUUUCCGGGGUGCAUUAGCAGAGAGCAGGGUCAGAGGCAGAGGAGCCUGGACUUGAACCGGAGCUCUGAUAUGGGUUGCAGGCAUCCCAAACAGCAGCUUAACUCAUUGUAUCAAAAUGUCUGCCCCGAAUCAUAAAUUUUAAACCAGUUUUUAGUGCUCAUAAGCAGGCUUGACAAAAUGGGGCCACUUGUGUGUUACACACCAUCUAAAUUGGUUAAUAUGGCUCAAUUGAACGAGACCUUGAAGGAUUAACGUUCAUUAUAUAAAACUUAUAUUGGAAGGGGUGAUUAACCCUAGGUUCUUUUAAAAUUGUAAUUUGGGCUGUUUUUAAACCUGGAAGGAAUGAGUGACACCUCACAGUGGAUCACUGCAGUGCUGUGAAUCCCACCCCUUAUCCCCCUAGACCCAUACACAACUUUAUGGAAAUUACGGACACCACCCGGUUAGCAACUUGUAAAUCUGCUGUCACAGGUUUGUAGAAGGCUGUUCGGUGUCUAUUUCACAGCCUCUUGGCUGCAGUUUGCCCUCACCUUUGAGGAAAUCUGUUGAACGUUUACUUGAUGGCUCUCUCAGACUCUCAGCAUCCUCUCAACACACACACUCUUUGUAAAGGCAAGACCACAACGGCAGCCACCUUUCUCCAAGAGCAGAGGUACAGCAUCACGUUAAUGGCUUCUACUUUGGAGGGCAUGUGACAUUCAUUGAGGCAAAUACUGAAAAAAAGGCACUUAUCCACUCCCCAGCACCACUACCCCUAAAAAAAAGGCUGGGCCAUUGCUAGAUACAUGUGAUGUGUGAGGCCUUGACAUUUUGGUUAAGUUCCUGAAAAUUAGGCGACUCGCUAGUUGGCUCCUCAAACUGCUGGCUCACUGUGUAACGCUUGUGGGACAGUUAUAGCCCUCUCAGAACCCACUACCUCGUGCAGGCGCUUUUGAUGUUAGGGAGACAACACUGUCCUCCUUUAUAAAUUGUAUGUAAGCCCAUUUCUGGCUGUGAUUUGCGUAUGCCCUUCUUUGCAUGGGUACCCUUAGCACAACAGGCACUCCCUUCAGUUCCUUCAGGGUCUCGUUCACACCAGAGGCCUCAGCAACCUCUUCUCACACCUCCUGAAAACACUCUUGCAGACACUGCCCAUUGUCUGUAUGUUCCUAAUGCAACCAACUUCCCUUCUUGAACUCACAUUCUGUAACAUGAGAGGUGCCAUGUACUGGGUUGUCCUGCAAAUAAGAGGCUCUCACAGGCCCAGAGCAGAUGGCCAUUCAGCUCUGGGUCCUGGAAACGGCGCCUCCCAUAUGCACAGCGUGAUUCCCGAAACUUCCUUUCUAUAUGAUGGAGCAAACGGGGCAGCCGCCUCUUCCCUCAGUCAUGUACCAGAUAACAUGGUGCCUGGGGUAACGUCCCUCAUGUGGAGCUGCUUUGGACUGAGUGCACAACAAUGACAGCCUGCAGACUUUCUGGACAAUGUUGCCUCAUUUGUGUAUGAUGGAGGCCUGUGGACAGUUACUGUGUUUCUUCCCCUAAUUGUGAUGCGUCUGAUACAUGAGAUCCAAGAUCACAACGAACCAAACAUCCGGCGGUCAUCCCAGAACUGGCUGACAGUUGGCUCUAUUUGCAUAUUUUAUACAUUCUUGGAUAAGUAACAACUGCCUCUUUGUGAAGAAAGAACCCAGGGAUCCUCUUUCCUCAUGUGUGGUGCCAAAAUAUAAAUCAAGGUGACACAACCGUACAUACACCAAGUCCACCAUAAAAGGCUUCACCAGGAAAUUCGCCAUCCAGACAGUACUGAUAAUAAUAAAGGUACUCAGUUCACUUCUAGGCCUCUGAGUAUGAAAUUCUGUGGGAUGUUCUCACUUUACUACUUUACUGGUCUCAGACUCACAGAGCCCCAUAAUGGCUUACAGAAAUAAGCUCAAAUCAAUUUAAUGAAACAGCCCUGACUGUUGUGGUCAUUUGGGGAGUGAACCAGUGGAUGGAAGAUCUCUCUCUCUCUGUGUCUCUCCUCUCCCUCUCUAUAAUUCUGCCUUUUAAGUAAUAUAAUCUAAAAAACAAAACAAAACAAAAAAAACAACUUUUAAAUUCCACUUGUCCAUUCAUCCAUGAUUCCACCAACAGUAUCUUGACAUCCAAAGAUCAGUUAUACUGUUUCAUGGUUUUCUCAUUUCCAUAAAGUUGAAUUAAAAGAUAAGUUUAGCCUGAUGCAAAUUUUGUCUUAAUAAAAUUUUAUUUGUAUUAACAAAUUUCCAUAGAUUUCAAAAAUUUUUUGUACCAAAAUAAACUUAUUUUUUAGCUGUAUUUUGCACAAACUUUUUGAGAUAUCCUUAUCUUAUCCCUUUUGGAUUAACUGUUGUGUGAAAAGUGUAAGCUCUGUGUCUUUUUUUUCUUCCCCCUAUAUGGUUGUUGAAAUAGCCUCUGAUCUUCUAUCAGAAAAAAGCUGACUAGGGGCAGAUGUUUGGUCUGGAAGUUUAGAAACCCACAUCCUAUACAGGGGUGCCUGGGUUCAAUGCCUGGCUCCAGUUACCUGCUGAAGCAGACCCUGGGGCAGCAGUGGUGGCUCAAGUGAUUGGUUUCUUGCCACCUACAUGGGAUACAUGUAUUAGGUUCCUAGCUUUGUACCAGACCUGGGACCACUGCAGGCAUUUGAGGUAAUUGCAUUUGGCAAAUUCAAGCUCUCAAAUAAAAAAGAAAGAAAUCAGUUGACAGUGUUUAUAUGCUGCAUAGCAGGGCUGGGGAAUGGCCCAUGGGCCUUAUAAUGCCUGUGAAAUCAUUUACUCUGGCCUGGCCAAGGCAGCCACCAAGUGGGACUCCAAAUUCAGUACAUCUGUGGUGGGCUAAUUUUAAAUCGACAAUUUUAUAAUAGCCUGCAAAUGAUGUUAUAAAUUCCAAAUGGCGCUUGGCAGAAAUAAAGGUUUCCCAGGAGACUAGGAGAAGCACCUGGCUCCUUGCUUCAGAUCGGCGCGGUGCGCUGGCCACAGCGCGCCAGCUGCAGUGGCCAUUGGAGGGUGAACCAACGGCAAAAGGAAGACCUUUCGCUCUGUCUCUCUCUCACUGUCCACUCUGCCUGUCAAGAAAUUAAAAAAAAAAAAAAAAAAGGAAAGGUUUCCCACCCCUGCAUUAGAACACAGUUGACUUUUGUAGGCUAGCAGUACAGUCUUCAGCUUCAUUACACCUUGUUAGUUCCAAGAAUGGAUGAUCUUCACGUUUGUUUCCUUUGUAUAAGAUUUCUCUAAGCUGAGCUGGAUACUGCCUUUAGAGAGCAGUAAGACUUGCAGUGACCACAGUGAAAGUGUAGACAGGUCUAUGUGUUCAAGGUGCCACUAAACGUGAGGGUGGACAGUUGAAGGUGUGACAACCAAGUCAUACAAUGAAUGUUAAGAGAACACAGAAUUGCAUGUGAACUUUUUGUGAAUUGAGUAUAUCUAGAUUCCGCAGUGCUAAUUCUCACUAAUUCUUUACUGAUACAUAUGUGGGACGUUUUAGGAUUCAGUCGUCUUUGAGGAUGUGUCUGUGAACUUCAGCCGGGAGGAGUGGGCUCUAUUGAAUCCUUCACAAAAGAAACUCUACAGAGAUGUGAUGCAGGAAACCAUCAGGAACUUGGCCUCUGUAGAACAAAAACGGGAAGACCAGAACAUUAAAGAUCAGUACAAAAAACAAGCAAGAACUCUAAGAAGUUGUGUGGUGGAGAGAAACUGUGAAAGUAAGAAAGAGAGUCAGUGUGGAGAUGCUUUCAGCCAGAUUCUAAGUCUCAGCCUGACCGAGAAAAGGACUGGAGUAAAACCUUAUGAAUGUACUGUGUGUGGGAAAGACUACGUGCUUCAUUCAUCCCUCGUUAGGCAUAUCAGAUCUCAUGCUGGAUACAAACUAGCAGGCUCUAAGUAUGGAGAGAAGCCUUACAAAUGUAAGGUGUGUGGGAAUGCCUUCAGUUAUCUCAAAUCCUUCCAGAGACAUGAAAGGACACACACCGGAGAAAACCCCUAUAAAUGUCAGCAGUGUGGGAAAACCUUCAUCUAUCACCAACCUUUUCAAACACACGAACAGACUCACACAGGGGAGAAGCCCUAUGAGUGCCAGUAUUGUGGUAAAUCGCUCAGUUCUUCCAGUUCUCUCCGAAUCCAUGAGAGGAUUCACACGGGAGAAAAGCCCUAUGCGUGUAAGAAGUGUGGCAAAGCCUUCAGUUGUCCCAGUUCUAUUCAGAUACAUGAGAGAACUCACACUGGUGAGAAACCCUACACGUGUAAGGAAUGUGGCAAGGCCUUCAUUUCCCGCACAAGCGUGCAAACACACAUGAUCACGCACAAUGGAGACAGGCCGUAUAAAUGCCAGGAAUGCGGGAAGGCAUUCAUUCGUCCCAGUUUUUUACGAGUACACGAGAGAAUCCACACCGGUGAGAAGCCCUACGCGUGUAAACAAUGUGGUAAGGCCUUCAGAUGCUCUACUUCCAUCCAGAUUCACGAAAGGACUCACACUGGAGAGAAACCUUACAAAUGUAAGGACUGUGGGAAAGCCUUCCGCGCGCGGCCAGCCUUUCGAGUGCACCUGAGGGUGCACACGGGAGAGAAACCCUAUAAAUGUAAAGAAUGUGGGAAGGCCUUCAGCCGGCUCAGUUACUGUCGCAUCCAUGAAAGGACUCACACCGGCGAGAAACCCUACAAAUGCAAAAAAUGUGGGAAAACCUUCAAUUACCCUCUGGAUCUGCAGAUCCAUGAAAGGAAUCACACUGGGGAAAAACCCUAUGAAUGCAAGCAGUGUGCGAAAGCCUUCAUUUCCGUGGAGAACUUUCGAAGACAUAUGAUAACGCACACGGGCGACGGGCCUUACAAGUGCAGGGAGUGUGGGAAAGCCUUCAGCUAUCUCAGUGCACUAAGGACCCACGAGAGAACUCACACUGGGGAGAAGCCUUACACAUGCAAACGGUGCGGGAAAUCCUUCAGUUGUUCCAGUUACGUGCAGAUACAUGAGAGAACUCACACUGGCGAGAAACCCUACGAAUGUAAGGAAUGCGGCAAGGCCUUCAUUUACCCUACAAGCUUCCAGGGACACAUGAGGGUGCACACUGGAGAGAAGCCGUAUAAAUGCAAAGAAUGUGGGAAGGCCUUCAGUCUUCGCAGCUCCUCUCAGAGACAUGAGCGAACCCACAGUGGGGAGAAACUUUAUGAAUGUAAGCAAUGCGGGAAAGCUUUCUGUUUGUCCAGGUCCUUGCAGAAACAUGUGACGAUGCACACUGGAUAGAAACCUUUGAAGGUGAGGAGUAAGGAGGAGUUUCCAAUUUCUUUUUUUUUUUUUUUUUUAAGAUUUAUUUAUUGGGAAGGCAGAGUUAUACAGAGAGAGGAGAGGCAGAGAGAGAGGUCUUCCAUCUGCUGUUUCACUCUCCAGUUGGCUGUAAUGGCUGGAGCUGUGCUAAUCUGAAGCCAGGAGCUAGGAGCUUCUUCUGGGCCUCCCACAUGGGUGCAGGGGCUCAAGCACUUGUGCAUCCUCUACUGCUUUCUCAGGCCAUAGCAGAGAGCUGGGUUGGAAAUGGAGCAGCCAGGACUCAAACCGGUACACAUAUGGGAUGCCAGCACUGCAGGCGGCAGCUUUACCUGCUAUGCCACAGCACCAACCCCAGUUUCCAAUUUGAACAAAGAGUUCCAAACCUAUGAAUUUCCUACUGUAGAGAAGUCCCGUGAAUGUGAGUAACACAGAAAGCUAGAUGCAAGGUCACUCCUGUAUAACGUGCCAUGUCAUAUCAACUGAGAACUUCUUACUUUUGCAAAGAAACUUUGAGGUGAGAGCAUUCUCUUCCCUAAGGUAUGUUAUAGAAUUUUAAUGGGCAGGGCUUUCUGGUGUAUUCAAGACUUUUGUUUAUUUUAAAGCCAUUGGUCAAUUGAAGUGUAAUUCUAAUGAACAAUUAAGUUUAAUUUUAUAUGCUUUUUCAAUCAUUCUCUAAGUAUGAGACAAUUAAAAAAAUGACAAAUUGGUAAUUGUUGGGGUUUUCCCUAUUGGGUUUAUAUGGGAAGUACUGGAUCUCUUUAAAAUACAUAUAUAUUUAAAUAUAUUUACACAAACACAUAUAUAAAAUUCUCCUUUAUUGUGAGAAUAACUGUUUCUUCCUCAAUUUCUAGGACAGAAUAGUGUUAUCAUUUUUUUGUUAUUAAAUUCCUGGCAUAAAGUGGAAAGAAUGCACAGUUUAUCAGAGUUUAUAAUCAUUUAUCAUAGUUUACCACAGUCUCAUGUAUUAUUCUGUUGGGAUUUAUAUGAUAAAGUUUGAAUUAAGAGACAUCUGUUGUAAGAUAAAGUAUAGAGUUGGACACAGACCUCUUCACUUUCUAGAAUAUACUCUCUUUAUGGUUCCAUAUUACAAUUCACUAAUAACCUAACAUUCCUAAGAGUUUUCUAGUCUAAGAUGAAUAACAGGGGUAAGUGUUUGGAAGACAAGUUAAGCUGCCACUUCUAAUUUUCUGCCAUUGUGCACCCUACAAAGCAGCAGAUCAUGGGUUGAAUACCUGGGUUCCUGCUACCCAUGUAGGAAACCCAGAUUGAAUUCUGAGCUUGGGCCUGGCCUAUCUCUGGCUAUUGUGGGCAUUAGGAAGUGAACUAGUGGAUGAGAGAUAUGUUUCUGUCUGUCUGAUAAAAAUAAAAACUUCCAUCUCAUGAAAAUAAUAACUUCAAAAAGAGGAAAAUGUCAUUCUAUUUGGUCUUUAAGUUUUUAAAAUGAAGACAUUAAUCCAAUAGCAGAACCAUUACACUGGGAGGCAAGCCAUUAUACAGGCCCUGGGUGUGUACCUGCUUCCUGCCAAUUUCCCUGUGUGUUUUUUUUUUUUUUUUUACCCACCCUCUGCCAAAUCAAGAGUAUUUUCAAAAUACCCAACUGCCUGACUCCCAUUUUCAAGAUGUGUAGAUUUCCACAUUUAUAUUCACAGGCUCCUGUCAAAGAUCUACCCAUAGCUUGGCAUUUUACCUCUAAACCUCAUGUGUACCAAGCAGCUAAUUUGGGCUAUCAUGGAAAUUUGAGAUGGAAUAUUCUCUGAUGCUGUGUCUUCCUGCUUGCUUUAGGCUAUACUCCCAUAAGGUCUAAUUUGUACAGUUCUGUUGUUAAUACUAUUAGUGACUCUAUGUUACUGAUCCUACCAUGACAACUAGAAUGGUGCAGUCAGAAAGAACUAUGAGAGUUUUUUCCCUAACACAGUAUGCAGUGACUGCUCUCUCCCAGUCCUUCCAUGUCACAAAAUUGUGGGUAUGCCUCAUUCUCAAAGUAUACUCAACAGGUACAUUUCUACUGUAUCCAACUGUAUGGGAUUAAAAUCUGCAUUUUUCUGAAGCAACAUUGCUGUAUGCAUUUCUCAGAAAUAUCAAAUGUGGCCGGCGCCGCGACUCACUAGGCUAAUCCUCCGCCUUGUGGUGCCGGCACACCGGAUUCUGUCCCGGUUGCCCCUCUUCCAGGCCAGCUCUCUGCUGUGGCCCGGGAGUGCAGUGGAGGAUAGCCCAAGUGCUUGGGCCCUAUGGGAGACCAGGAGAAGCACCUGGCUCCUGCCUUCGGAUUGGCGCAGUGCACUGGCCAUUGGAGGGUGAACCAACGGCAAAGGAAGACCUUUCUCUCUGUCUCUCUCUCACUGUCCACUCUGCCUGUCAAAAAAAAAAAAAUCAUUAAAAAAAAAAGAAAUAUAAAAUGCUCUUAAGUCAUCUGCAUAUUAACAAACCCUAUGUUUUCCUGAGAGGAUAUCUUUAAAAGUAUCCUUUACAUUUACUAUUUAAAAUAAUAUAAUUUUUAUCAAGUUAAUCAUACAUUCUUUUUUUUGACAGGCAGAGAGGACAGUGAGAGAGAGAGACAGAGAGAAAGGUCUUCCUUUGCCGUUGGUUCACCCUCCAAUGGCCGCCGCAGCCGGUGCACCAUGCCUAUCCGAAGGCAGGAGCCAGGUGCUUAUCCUGGUCUCCCAUAGGGUGCAGGGCCCAAGCACUUGGGCCAUCCUCCACUGCACUCCCGGGCCACAGCAGGGAGCUGGCCUGGAAGAGGGGCAACUGGGACAGAAUCCGGUGUCCCAACCGGGACUAGAACCUGGUGUGCCGGCGCCGCAAGGCGGAGGAUUAGCCUACUGAGCCGUGGCACCAGCCAAUCAUACAUUCUGAUGCAAUAUUAGCAUGUGCAUUUGAGUUCAAAGAUCCUCUUUGGGUAUGUUUUAUUUUUUAUUCCUACAUAUAACACAUUUUGUAAUAAAACUAACUUUUCAUGAGAGCAAAGACUUUGUCGUGGUUUUAUUACCAAAAGUUGCCAUGGUCACACCUGUAGUCAAAGACAGUGGCACAAUGAACCAUAAAACAUUAAUGAUGUAUUAUCAGUAGCAGGGUGCCUAAUGGGACAUAUUAUUCACACUUCUGGUAGGUGAUUGCUUUUCAAAGAAUCAAGAUGUUACUUCGUAUUCAUUUGAGAAGGUGAAAAGAAUUCUGUCACUGUGGCUGGCAUUGUGGCAUAAUGGGGUUCCCCAUACAGGCACCAGCUCACAUCACAGUUUCUCUGCUUCUGAUGCAGCUCCCUGCCAAUGGCCCAAGAGAAGCAGCAGAUGGCUGUGGUGUUUGGGCCCCUGCUACCCACAUGGGAAAACUGGAGGAAGCUUCUGGCUCCUGAUUUCAGCCUGGCCCAGCCCCACCUGUGGCAGCCAUCUGGGAGUGAACAAGCAGAUGGAAGAUCUCUGUAUCUCUCUCUCUCUCUAGCUCUUUCAAAUAGUUAAAAAAAAAAAAUUCUGUCACUGUUAAUCUUAUGUUCUACAGAGAGAAAGAAUACAGUGAAGCUAAACCUAUUUGUAAGAAGUACCCGUCAGGGCAAAAAUGGUGACACAGGUUGGAACACCACAUACCAUAGCAGAAUAGCAGUUCAAGUCCCAGCUACUACUUCCUUCCAAUCUAGCUUCCUGCUAAUGCACCUGGGAGGCAGCAGAUUCUGGCCCAAGUACUUGGAUUCCUGCCACCCUCAUGGGAGAUCCAGAUGGAGUUCCUGGCUCCUGCUUUGGCCUGGCAAGCCAUGGCUAUUGUACGUACUUGGGGAAUGAACCAGGAGAUGGGGGAUCUCUGUCACUCUAUCUUUCAAAUAAAUCUUUAAAAGAAGGAGGAAAAAAAAGCACUCUUAAUGUUAGGAGAGGGAGAUUUUUGUCAUUUGUUUGGAACUUAUUUUUUAUAGUUAGUAUCUUUAUUCUUGUGUAGAUCCAUCCUGGUUAUGGAAUAGGCCUGACGACGUGUGACAUUUGCUCUAAUGUUUGACAUUAUCAUUUCUGCUACUAUACACAAUAACUGACAAAAUAACUGCCCUGUUAAACUGUAGAGCUAUUCAUAGUUUGGGGAAGGGUUAUAGUUUUCUGUGUAGUUCUAGCCAUCAUGAAUGUUUGCUGAGAGUAGUGUGUUUACAGGCCCACUGUCAUUUUCCAGUUGACAAACCAAAAAGAUUGCUUUUUUAAAAAAAAUUAUUUAUUUAUUUUAGAGACAGAGUUACAGAGAUAGGGAGAGACAGACAUCUUCCAUCUGCUGGUUCACUCCCCAGAUGGCUCUCCAGGAGCCAGGAGAUUCUUCUGAGUCUCCUACACAGGUGCAGGGGCUCAAGCACUUGGGCCCUCUUCCAGUGCUCUCCCAGGCCAACAGCAAGAAGCUAGAUUGGAAGCAGAGUGGCUGGAACCUGAACCAGUGCCCAUAUGGGUUGCUGGCAUUGCAGGUGGUGGCUUAAUCCAUUACGCCACAAUGCCAGCCCUCAUCACAAUUCUGGAAGGGUUAAGCAUGCUUGCAGAAGAACAAAUUUAUCACCCAGCCAUUCUUCAUUUCAUCCUCUUUCCUCUUGAGUUGGAACAGACAAUGUUUCUUGCUGACAAUCCUGUACUAUUUUUAAAAAAUAUUUAUUUAUUCAUUUGAAAGGCAGAGUUACAGAGAAAGGGAGAGACAGAGAUCUUCCAUCCACUGGUUCACUCCCUAAAUGGCUGCGAAGGCCUGGGCUGGGCCAGGCUAACCCCAGGAGCAUCGAACUCCAUCAGGGUCUCCCAUGUGGGUGCAGGGACCCGAUCACUUGCACCAUCUUCCACUGCCUUCCCAGGUGCACCAGCAGGGAGCUGGCUCAGAAGUAGAGCAGCUGGAACUUGAACUGGUGCUCACACGGGGUGUUGGCAUCACAGGUGGAAGCCUAACUCACGGUGUCCCCAUGUUGGCUCCAAUCCUGGAUUCUUUUUAUUAGCUGAUGGUCCAGCAAUACUAUUGGUGUUUUCUUCUGAAUAUGCUUUCUCAAUCUGUGCAAUAUGGACAGACUUGGAAUAUUCCAGAAAUUUAAGUUCUGAUUUCUUUCUGAUUAUUCAUCCCAUUCACCUUUUUCCUUGUAUUUUAUUAAAAGCAAUGAGGAAGAACCAACGUACUCUAACACUUUUCUUAGAAAUCUGUUGAAUGUCCUAUUUCAAGGCUCACAAAUUCCACUUUCCAAAAAGCAGAAGAGAGUUAAUUAAAGUUCUUUGCCAGAAAGGAUCACCUUUCCUCCAGUUUCCAAUAACCUCGCUCACAUUUCUACCUGAAAUCUCAACAGAAUAACCUGUAUUUUCCGUAUUUCUACCAACUGUCUGUUCAUGGCAAUAUUUUCCUGGUGCGUACCUCAAAACCCUUCAAGCCUCUUAGGCAUUGCCUGUUUCCAGCAUUUAGCAUUUAGCAGCACAACAGUGUUCAAUACCAAGAUCUGUGUUAGUGUGCUCAGGCUGCCAGAAAGAAUACCAUGGACCAUACCAUGUAAAUUAAAAAAAAAAAUUGUGAGAUCUAAUAUCAAGAUUUCAGCCAAUUCAGUUAAUGGUGAGAACUCUUCUUGCAUUGUAGAUCAUGUCUUCUUGCUUUGGGAUAACCUCGCUUGUUCUAUAUGCAUUCACGAGCAGAGAGAGAAUAUCCUCUCUGGUAUGUCUUCUCAUAGGACAUUAAUUCUGUGGGAUCAAGUUCCUACUUUUAUAACUCUUUCUGCUUAAUUAUUUCUAUAGAGGGCCAUUCAUCAAAUGCACACUAGGAAUUAGUUCUGCCAAUUCAAAUGUUAAUUUCAAAAUGUGCAAUCAGGGGCCGGAACUGUGGUGCAGUGAGUUAACGCCUGGCCUGAAGUGUUGGCAUCCCAUAUGGGUGCCAGUUCUAGUCCUGGCUGCUCCACUUCUGGUCCAGCUCUCUGCUAUGGCCUGGGAAAGCAGUAGAAGAUGGCCCAAGUCCUUGGGCCCUUGCACCCGUGUGGGAGACCUGGUAGAGACUCCUUGCUCCUGGCCUCAGAUUGACACAGCUCCAGCUGUUGUGGCCAACUGGGGAGUGCACCAUCGGAUGGAAGACCUCUCUCUCUCUGCCUCUCCUCUCUGUAACUCUGACUUUCCAAUAAAUAAAUCAAUCAAUUUUUUUUUUUUUAAAGUGCCAUCAGAGAUAUACCCAAAAUCAUGUCUCACCAAAUUUUUGGGCACCCCAUAACCCAAUCAAGUGGACAUGAAAUUAACUAUCACAGAAUCAAUUAGUUGGUAAUUAGGUAAAUAAAUACAUUAUGUAUAACAACAUAUAAAGUGAGGAAGAGGAGAAGUGUGGGAGACACGUAGGGAGUAGAAUCAGGUAUCUGAAAGUACACAGGAGAGGACCCCAGAGCAAAGAGAACCAACAGCUCUAGAAUGAAGGAGAGGCCAGGUUCCCAUUGAGGAAGCACCAUGGUACAUUGCUAAUUAUUUCUCCCAGUCUUCCUCAAAGGGACCUAUGGCCUUUUACCAGGGAGGCUACAUCAGGGAUAAAGAAAUGAUCAGAGCAUUCAGGAUUACUAAACACUGGCUCUGAACUAAUUUCAGGCUCUGAGCAACAUGUUGGUCAACAAAUCACAGUUAAUACCUAAGAAAGUUAGAUGAUUAACAGAUUUUUAGCUUCCAUCUCACAGUGGGCUUGGAGAGACCUCUCUCUCCCAACCUAUUCUGUGAUUAUUUUCACAGUUCUAAAUAGGCAUACUCAGUAACUAUUAAAAUGACUGCACUGAUUUACUGACUUGUGGAAUGAGGAGUAUUAUGAUAGGAAAGACAAAUGGAAGCCACCAAAUCUGUCUCUAAAUAUAAAAUAACAAACAAAAAAAUGCAUGGAAAAAAUUUUUGCCACUGUUAAGGACUUGAAAGAUUUGAGGUUAUGAUUGCCCCUAUAUCACCAUUCACCUCACCUAUAUGUAGUGCUAAGAAAACAGGUGGAUCUUGGCAAAAGAUAGUAGAUUACCAUAAGAAUAUCUCCACCUCAAAAGAGGGCAUUCAGAAGGAAUUCUAAAAGGAUUUGGAUUUGUGUUAGGUGAUUGGAUAGCUACUGAAAGAAGUAAGGCAUUUCUCUAUAAUGGAUGCUUUGAGGGUGUAAAAUUGUAUCAUAACCUUCAAUUAGAUCAUAAGCAUAAUCAUAACCUUAAAUUAGAAGGAUAAAAUAAUGUAGUAGAAUCAAAGCUAGUUCUAAGAUACACCAGUCAUAUAAAUGAAAUAAGGGAAAUUUGGGUACCUCAGUUGAAAUAGAUGAAUAUACUUAUUUUAUAGGAAAAUAUGUAAUACUUUAAUAUCUCUAUUAUGAGUCAACUUAGGCUUCUAAAUUUAGAACUGUCAGAUGAUAAGAAAUGCAGCAAGGGACAAAGACAUGGUAACUGUUCCAAUCAAGUCUUUCUUGCUGAGAAACUAUGCUCUUUGUGCCAAUUUUAAUUUUUAACUUAUUUUCAUUUUAUUCGGAAAGAGACCCUUCAUCUACUGGUUCACUUCCCAAAUACUCACAACAGUUAGAAUUAGACCAGGCCUGAGGCAGCAGUUUGGAACUACCUCUGGAUCUCCCAUGUGGAUGGCAGGAAUCCAACUACUUGAGCCAUUACCUAUUCCCUCCCAGAGUGCGCAUUACCAGGAAGCUGAAUUGAAGUGGAGCUGGGCCCUGAUCCCAGGCAUUUCCAUAUGAGUUUGUCCCCAGCAGUUCCUUAACCACUGAGCCAAACACUUACCUCUUGAUUUCAGUAUUUCAACAUUUCCCACAUGCCAAUAUUUCCUUUUUUGUGUUAUUAUUUAUUUUUGACAGGCAGAGUUAGAGAGAGACAGAGACAGAGAGACAGGUCUUCUUUCUGUUGGUUUACCCCCCAAAUGGCUGCUACGGCCGGUGCUCUGUGGCUGGUGCGCCACGCCCAUCCGAAGCCAGGAGCCGGGUGCUUCCUCCUGGUCUCCCACACAGUUGUAGGGCCCAAGCACUUGGGCCAUCCUCCACUGCCUUCCCAGGCCACAGCAGAGAGCUGGACUGGAAGAGGAGAAACUGGGACGGAACUGGCACCCCAACAAGGACUAGAACCUGGGGUGCCGGUGCUGCAGGCGGAGGAUUAGCCUAGUGAGCCAUGGCACUGGCCUACAUGCCAAUAUUUCAACAUUUCUCAUAUGCCAGACUUCAAAUGUAAAGUUAAGCACAAAUAACCAGAAAAACUCUAGACUCUGGAUGAACAGGUAUGAAACAAAUUCUUGGAAUCAUGCUGUUUAUGUUUUUGUAGGAAAACAGAUGGUGAACAAAGGGUAAAUCUUGGGAAAUAAGGACCUUGAGGGAAAGUAAAUGAAGAGAGAUAAUAGGGAAGCUGGAGUGUAUUGUGUAUCUACUCUAUGGAGGGUAGUGGCCUCAUGAGCAAGGACGUCAUAUUUCCACAUCUAAUACAUCUUAACCAUUGUUAGAGGAACUCCUUGGAUGUGGAUAGAAGGAAGGGGUACAAUAAACCCCUGCACUCCUAGGAUGAACAGUAAUGAUCCCCACAGUGACAAAGGUGCAGAAAUGGUUCACCUUCAUUUUUGCAAUGGUUAAAGGUUUUAGUGCAUGUAAUACGUGGCAUGCAAUACGUGAUCAAAAGUUUGGAAAUGGGUUUCUAGGAUGUAAGAAUUCCCAUUGUUGGGGGCUGGUGCUGAGGUGUAGUGAGUAAAGCCACCACCUGUAGUGCUGGCAUCCCAUAUGAGCGCCAGUUCGAGUCCUGGCUGCUCCACUUCUGAUCCAGCUCUCUGCUAUGGCCUGGGAAAGCAGUGGAAGAUGGCCCAAGUGCUUGGGCCCCUGCACCAGCAUGGGAGACCAAGGAGAAGCUCCUGGAUCCUGGCUUCGGAUUAGCCCAGCUCCGUCUGUGGUGGCCAUCUAGGGAGUGAACCAGUGGAUGGAAGACCUCCCCCCCUCCCCCCGCCUCUCUGUAACUCUGCCUUUCAAAUCAAUCAAUCAAUCAGUCAUAAAGAGAAUUCCCAUUGCUUUGGGCUGUGGUUAUUUGCAGUACUUAUGUAUCUGUUUAACAUCAUUUGAAAAGAUUUUAGAUCUACUGUUAUUUUUCUGCGAUACAGAUUUAAGUAACACAAUAUACAACCCAGUAAAGCACAGAAUUUCUCCAAGUUUGAUUAAGGGUGCUGAGUAAUAUCCUGAGUGGAAAAGGACGUUUAUCAUCAUGCUACAAAAUUUUUAAUGCCUUUUUAUACGUACCUGGAAGCUUUGGUUUCAAUGACCCACAAAGCUAAUUUUUCUGCUGACAGGUAUUAUGUGUGUACGCUGCGGCCUCCAGCCCGCAUAUGGAAGGGAGUGGGAGGAGAGGAGUUACCUCUUAGUGUCUUAAAUAAAGGCUCUCCAUCUCU